CCGCCCGUCUGGCUGUCUUGCGCCGGCCCUCGCUCCCCCAUUCGGAGUACGGAGCGCGCGCCCGCACGUGUGUGCAGAUGGGUUGUGCAGAGUCGUGGUGAGGGCCCGCCGAGCGGAUGGGUGGGUGGUAGGAGAGGGAGGGAGGGACUCCCGGGUGGUAAGAAUCUACAUACGUGUACACAUACAUGCAUCGAGUGCAUACAGAAGGUACGGAGAAGUUGUAUUGCGUAGGUGUAGGUAGGUAGGUAGGUAUGUGCAUGCUUCUGCCCUCGCGCUACGAGUUGCUGACUACAGAGAGGAGAGAGAGGGAGGAGGAGGAGGGGGGGGUUCGGAGGCUGCAGGGAGGCAGCGAGGAGAGGAGGUGUGGGGUGAGGAGGAGGAAGGGAUGGGUAGCGCUGGGCUCAGCUGCUGCGGGCUGGGGACGGCGAGGCGAGGACAGGGUGUGUGGUAGGGCAAUACGGCAGAGAGGAAGCGGCAGCGAGAGGACGAGAGUGAGUGAAUGGCGGGUGAAGAGAAGGGGGGGGAAAAGCCAUACGUCGCGGAAAGGAGCCGUAUUCUUUCCCUCACCGCUAUCCCCCUCCGUCUCUUCAUCCGGGACACAGGCCUCCCGUCCUCCCUCCUCUCCCCCCCCUCCGGCGACGCGGGAGGACUUGCGCAUGCUACCUGAUGGCCGAUCUACACUUGCUCGUAUAGAUGCCUACCUGCCUCUUACUCCGUUGGUGCCACCUGCACUUGGCUGGCUAGCUGGCUGGCUUGCUUACUCGCCGCCGCCGCGGGGAAGGAAGAGGGAUAUCAUGCGUGAAGGGAAAGGAAGAGAGAGUGUGUGAGAGACAGUGAGUGAGAGAGCAGGUCGUGCCGAGGGAGAAGGGGGGAAGGGUGAGAAGGAGGGCGCACGCACGGAGAUGGAUUGCCGUAUGGAGAAUGGAACGAGGGGAGGGGGGAGGGGGAAGAGAUACCG